UGUUUUAUCAGCCAAGUGCAGCCUGAAUCGUGAGGAGCGGACGAUGGGGGGAAAAAUCCCACUCUUGUUUCCUUUUCUCCAACAUCACCGACAUUAACAUGUAGACCGGUGCGCGUCAAAAGACCCGGAGCAUAAUGGUAUUUGCUGUCAAGGAGAAUAUCAUUCUAAUUAUAGUUGUGAAUAAAAAAAAACAUUUUGGAUUAACAGCGGACUUGUUUUUGGACUAAAAGGGUUUCCUUAAUUUGUUUCCGCGCCUGUAUAAAUGUUGGACCGCAUUUAACCCGAGUUUCUACCCUUUGGAGUGAAAAGUGCGCCAGUCUUAUUUCCCAGGCUUAUAUCCAACGCUUGAGCGUAGGGAUUUUUUUUAGGGCUAUGUGGCUUUUGAAAGGAAUGCACCUUAUCCUAACGGGACGGAACGCACAGAGGAAUAUUGUCUGAGGUGGAAAAAAGAAGCGGAUGUGAUCCUUCCCUAACGGGUUCUGUAUGUGAAGCUGGCCCUUGAAGUUGCAGUUAUGGGGACAGACUUUGGACUGGACCAAACUACUCCAAGUAUAAUCACUACAACCACUGUAGCACCGCUACUCCUGCUUCUGCUGCUGUACAUGGCAGUCUGCUCACCUCAAAAUGAUGGAAAUCCUCAUCAUUGAUUGGCUUGUCUACCUAUUGAGAAGUGGAGCUUAAAGAUGACAUCUUUACUGUUUUCUUCUUCAUUGCAGUGGUUGUUGAGAGGGCCUUUUUGAGGAAUAUUUUCCAUAUUGUGAGGAAUAUUUCUCUGAUUUCCUUUCACCAAGCUGGAGAAAACUGAUGGCUACUACAUUUCCACCAGAUGGUUUGCACUGCCUGGAUUUUAAAAAGGAUCAUUAGCAGCCACGGCCCUCGUCUGCUCCGGAAUUACCCACUUGCUUAUGCCUGUGAGUGAAUGUGAUUUUAGUGUGAUUGUGUUUGUGGUUGAAUCUGCAUGGCGUAAGUGAGAGAUAUAAAAUAAGGAUUUUUUACUCCGAAAGGACAAGAGAGGACUCAGACAAGUUGAAAACAAGGAGUAGCAGCUAUGUCCCAGUGGAGGCACCAUUCGAAGACUGGGUGUCGGCUGCUUCAGACUGCCAAGAGCGGGAACAGGAUGAUAGGAUAUGUAGGGCUUGAAGGUUCCUUAAGCGUCGGCUGGUGGGUGUCCUCUCUAAUAUGGCUGGGACUGCUGCUGUUGCAGGCAUCUCCGGCUGCCGUGUCGGCUCAGAAACUCGACGAGAAUGACCCGGUGGUCACCACCACCAAUGGCAAGCUGCGUGGCGUUAAGAAGGAGCUCAACAACGAGAUCCUGGGUCCUGUCGUGCAGUUUCUGGGUGUCCCAUAUGCCGCUCCACCGACUGGCGAGCGCCGUUUUCAGCCACCUGAACCGCCAGUGUCGUGGCCGGAGAUCCGCAAUGCCACACACUUUGCCCCGGUGUGCCCUCAGAGCAUUGUGGAGGGCCGCCUGCCAGAUGUGAUGCUGCCAGUGUGGUUCACCAACAGCAUCGAUGUGGUGUCCACAUACGUCCAGGACCAGAGCGAGGACUGCCUCUAUCUUAACAUCUAUGUCCCCACUGAGGAUGUCAAAAGAAUAUCCAAGGAAUGUGCCAGGAAACCGGGCAAGAAAAUAUGUAGACAAGGAGGUCCCCUUACAAAGAAACACACUGAUGAUUUAGGUGAUAAUGACCGCACGGACGACGAAGACAUUAGGGAGAGUGGAAGCCCCAAGCCGGUGAUGGUUUUCAUCCACGGGGGCUCCUACAUGGAAGGAACUGGGAAUAUGUUUGACGGCAGCAUCCUGGCCAGCUAUGGGAAUGUGAUUGUCAUAACUGUCAACUACCGGCUGGGCGUCCUAGGGUUCCUGAGUACAGGUGACCAGGCAGCCAAAGGGAAUUACGGUUUGCUGGACCAGAUCCAGGCUCUGCGCUGGACCAGUGAGAACAUCGCAGCCUUCGGCGGCGACCCGUUACGUAUCACUGUGUUUGGCUCAGGCGCCGGAGCUUCCUGUGUCAACCUGCUCACGCUGUCUCACUACUCUGAGGGCAACCGCUGGAGCAACUCCACCAAAGGCCUGUUCCAGAGGGCCAUUGCCCAGAGUGGCACUGCUCUGUCCAGCUGGGCUGUCAGUUUUCAGCCAGCCAAGUAUGCCCGGAUGCUGGCCCGUAAGGUGGGCUGUAACCUGGAGGACACUGUAGAGCUUGUGGUGUGCCUUCAGAGAAAACACUACAAGGAGCUGGUGGAUCAAGACAUCCAGCCAGCCCGCUACCACAUCGCCUUUGGACCUGUUAUUGAUGGAGAUGUUAUACCUGAUGACCCUCAGAUACUCAUGGAGCAAGGUGAGUUCCUCAACUACGAUAUUAUGCUGGGAGUUAACCAGGGCGAGGGCCUUAAGUUCGUUGAGCUUAUCGUGGACAACGAAAACGGCGUUCAGGCUAACGACUUUGACUAUGCCGUGUCCAGCUUUGUGGAUGACCUCUAUGGUUAUCCAGAGGGUAAAGACAUCCUUCGAGAGACCAUCAAGUUCAUGUACACAGACUGGGCCGACAGGCACAACCCGGAAACACGCCGGAAGACACUGCUGGCCCUUUUCACUGAUCACCAGUGGGUGGCACCAGCUGUCGCCACAGCUGACCUGCACUCCAGUUUUGGGUCACCGACAUACUUCUAUGCUUUCUACCACCACUGUCAGACGGAACAGGUACCACCGUGGGCAGACGCAGCACAUGGAGAUGAGAUCCCAUAUGUAUUUGGCCUACCGAUGAUUGGACCAACAGAGCUGUUUCCCUGCAACUUCUCCAAGAACGACGUGAUGCUCAGUGCCGUGGUCAUGACCUACUGGACAAACUUCGCCAAGACAGGGGACCCAAACCAGCCUGUCCCCCAAGACACCAAGUUCAUCCACACCAAGCCCAAUCGCUUUGAAGAAGUGGCAUGGACACGCUACAACCAGAAAGACCAGCUUUACCUGCACAUUGGCCUGAAGCCCCGGGUCAAAGAGCACUACCGUGCCAACAAGGUCAACUUGUGGCUGGAGCUGGUUCCUCAUCUGCACAGCCUCAACGAGGUCACCCAGCUCAUCCCCACCACCACCAAGAUCCCUCCACCGGAGGCUACCAACCGCCCCCCGAAGACCAAGGUUCUGGUGACCAAGCGCCCUAACCCGACUCCGUUCCCCACAGAGACGCAGGACAGCCACAACCAGCCACACCUGGUGGACCAGCGUGACUACUCCACUGAGCUGUCGGUGACCAUCGCUGUAGGAGCCUCUCUGCUCUUCCUCAACAUUCUGGCCUUUGCCGCACUUUACUACAAGAAGGACAAGCGCCGGCAUGAUGUCCACAGGCGCUGCAGCCCCCAGCGUAGUGCCACCAACGACCUGGCUCACACUCAGGAGGAGGAGAUCAUGUCCCUGCAGAUGAAGCAGCACUCGGACCUGGACCGGGACUGCAGGGGGGUGGGCGACUCCCUGCACCCGCACGACAUGGUGCUGAGGACUGCCUGCCCGCCGGACUACACUCUGGCCAUGAGGCGCUCGCCGGACGACAUCCCGCUCAUGACACCAAACACCAUAACCAUGAUCCCCAGCACCAUGGGGGGGCUCACCUCGCUCCACUCUUUCAACACCUUCCCCAGCAGCGGGCAGAAUAACACCCUGCCUCAUCCUCACUCACACUCCACCACCCGGGUAUAGCCCUGUGGAUGCACCCACGUAGGCAGGACUCUGAUGGCUGAGGCAAAAUCUAACGCCACUGCUGCAGCAGAGACUUAAGGCCGACAUGCUGACAAACACAGAUAUGUUGGAAGCUGAAACGCCAGCCUGGAGUUGCCAGACACCCAUGGAAUUACACUGGGAUUGUUGACACCCUGUUAAUACCAUAGGGAAUAUAUUGAAGGGUUUUCUGGGGGGUUGGACCUAAGGAAAAAAAAAGAAUAAUUGUUUUUGUAGAAAAAUAAAAGACAAGAAGAAAAAACUACAAAUAAGGAGUUGAAGAAAAAACAACCUCACAAGCUAAAACAAAAAGGAGGAUGUUUUUUUAUUAUUAUUUUUGUUCUAAUACCGCAGCAAAAUAAGGUACAGUAAACUACUUUUUCUUUCUAGCGACAGAUAUGGCCUUUGGGAUUUUUUGACAAAUGACUACUUGACAGUAUUAUCUGGAAGCAGAACAGAGCAUCAGACACGCCUCGGAGGUGAGAAGAGGGGAGCACUUUGUAAAAGAAAGAAAACAUAUUGUUUUCCUUUGGCAUUGCACUGCAGAUUACUGUGGGGCACAGACUAGAUGCGGCGCAAACCAAUUUAGGCAUGUGUUAACUUCAUAAAUGGAGGUUAUGUAAGAUAAAGCAAAAACAAUUGUCGAAUAGCGCAAAGGAAGGACUGAAAACUUAAAGGAAAAAAGAAACCCUGAAUGCACAACGGAACCAUUUUGAGGGGAAAAAACAUCAGAUACUUUUCAUCCAUUUAUUUUUGAGGAUCGGGAACAAUUUUAUUGUAUAGAACCUAUUUACAUAUCUAGAUCUGUACACUAAGCACCAAGGCUGUUUAAGCCCUCUUCUCUUGGGGCAUCUAUACUGCAAACCUGCCAGCAAGACUGAACCAGUGGGAAGUGAGCAUCCACCUACUGGCUUUCUGGCAGUUCCAACUUCAACACAGAGAGCUGAGGGACAAAGGAUAAUUGGAUAUUUUAGCACGAUGCGCAUGACAAUUUAUCUGCUUGAUGGCUGCUCUGCUGAUUAUGUCAUUAUUAAGAAUAAUUUCCACCUUCUCCCUUGCAUUGGAGCAAUUUCAGAUGGAUUUCCUGAUUGGAUUGCAGGAAAACACAUACCCUUGCAGGACCAUGGGAAAUGCAGUUCCAGGUUGUGGAUGUCGUGGGCUCGAGUUGGGGACAGAAAAGGGAGGGGCUGGGGAUAUGAUAAAACUUUCUUGCAUAACAUAAUAUAGCUUGAGUGGAGCUGGGCAUAUAAGGACUAGUUUUGUACUCUGUGUGUUGGUACUACUUUUUGAUAGUGGUUAAAUUACAUUACACUGUAUCAAUCAAACUCAUUGUAUCUUCAGUUGAGAUCAAUGUUCUUUGUUAUUCUACCUAUUGGACCACUUUACCGUAUAGAAGUAAUUACCUGCACUGUUUAUUCCAUUGCCCAUUUUUCUUUUCUUUCACUGGAAGGUGUGUUGACUGAGUGACGCAGUGGAUGUCCAUUGGUAUGAAAAAAUGAAGUAGUGGAAAAUAUGGUGGAAGAGUGAAUCUCUGGGCUAUGUAGCUUUUCUUUUCCUUUAUCCAGCCAGGUUCUGUAGAGCUGUUUAAACACGAAUGCCUAUACAUGACUGAUAAAAGUCAAAGGCCAAGCACAGACAGAUCACAUUGGGUGGAACUCUCUGGAAAUGCACAGCAGGUGGACGAGAGGAAGAGCUAGGGUCAAGGUAGGUCAAUUCCCAUGAUGCACUUUUCAUCAUUAGCCAAGGUUGAUCAUUUUUGGAGGCACAUUGCGUUAUGGGAAGGACAGAGAAAGGCUUCUCAUAGUAGCUGAGACCCACAGUCUACCCUCUUUACCUCACUUUAAAGAGCUACUACUUUUCUUCUUUUGGCCCCACUCUUUUUCUACUAAAGAUUCUCUACUGUCUCAUCUUUUAUACUGAGCUGACAGGUUGGGCUGUUUAGCAAAACGGUUUCCCCUCGCAUCCACACCGCCUUCAGUUUACUGUCUCCUGCAAAGCUGUCUGCCAUCGCUAACAUCUUUAGGUCAGUGGAGCCUCAGCAGCUAACGAUGUUAGCCACCAGAGUAGGAAUGUGUCAUACAGCAAAGCAGACUGCAGUCGGAUCCAGUCGCUUAACAGUCAUUGUGGGGGUAAAGUGGUGAUCUUCAAAACAGACAAGAGAGAGGAAUACCCUGGAUGGCAAGCCUAUUGUGCUCGGAUAAGAUCUGUAUGCUGGCGCGGAGAUGCUACUUGGUAAACUGAAACGCUUGUCUCCCUGUUUUCCCUUCACUAAAAUGUAGAUGUGUGGAGGCCUCUGUUGUGAGAAUACAUCCUGCCCCUUUUGGCUUGCUCACAGGCACUGUGCACUCAUUCAAAAUAAUGAGUGCAGACUACUGUUACCCCAUAUAACACUGCGGCAGACAAGCUGGAUGGGGGGAUAAAAUCUAGUCUGUCAUAGGGAGUAUUGCUUUUUGGGAUACGAUUUAAAUUGAAUAAACUAAUUAUAUCUGUUUGCUCCAGAUUGUUUCUCUGGAUGAAAUGAACUGCCAGGGCUUGAUCUGGGGUUUAAACAAAAGAAAGAUUCCAAGGCUAUUAUCACACACCAUCCUCAUGGAACAGGGACUCUUUUAUUAUCCUUCUCUGUAAAAACAAGCCAACAACAUAAAGUGUAAAUUUCAGAAUCUUGGGACAAUCCAUCCUGUAGGUCUGCAUUGUAUCGACAGGCCACUACCAACCACUCAGCUUGCCCAUUUUUUGAUUGCAGGCACACAUGCAAACAUAUGCAAAUGAACACAUGUGUGUGCAAACACCCACACACACACAGCCAUGUGCUAAGUAAUUAGGCAUGGACUUUCCAAGUGUUAUGGUAUCUACUCUAGAUAUUGUAUAUAGACUAACACCCUGAUUGCCUGCACUUGGACUCAAGAUUUAUUAUACCCAUAUAAAAAACUACAUGACCUUGUUUUUGUAACCCAAAGCCAAUGGCUGAAAUACGUUUCACAAGAGGUGGAGGUGAGCCUUGGAAAAAAAUUAAAUGCUUAUGUUGGCUGAAUAGCCUUCUGACAGUGAGUGUUGAGGACAUUUUGAUAACAGCCAAAAGCCCUUCCAUGCAAAACAAAAUAAUGAGCAAGAAGUUCUUAAUAGAUAGAUUGCCAUUUUAAAAUAUACAACAAGGGUCUAACUGUCAGCCAUGCUGGGAUCAGACUGCACGAUAUCAGCCCAAUUCUAGCCCAACCCAGACUCAGACUCGAAGACUAACGCAACAUCUGGGACACUUCUCAACGUCUCAACAAAAAGACUAGCAUGUCAUUUUUUGCCUUCCCUCACCUAGUUUGACAACUUUCACGAUGUUAACAUGAUCAUUUUUGCAAAAGAGGAAUUUUAUUUUCUUUCAGUGAACCUGUAAAAAUUUGAAUAUCUCCCUCUGGUCAGGAGAAUUAUAUCAAAUGAAUAACACAUGUUGGUGAGAUGCCCCCCCUUGCACACAUAUGUAUGCUGUGUACCUAAACACUCAACGUCUUUCUACCAACUGGAAAGGAAAAAGACAGACUACAGAGUGAGAUGAAUGGUUCCAGGUUCACUUUCAUUCAAAAAAAUCGGUGUUUAAAUUAUGGAAACUUUUGUUGCUGGCCUACGUAUGCAAGUCGUGACAGACCGCAAGCUAUGGUUGGUCGGGGUCCAACAUGUAGUCUACCAUAUCUCGCAGCUGUAAUCUGACACAGUGGCCAUGUCAAAAGGCAAAAGCUGUGUGUAGUCUGAUCCGAGCAUGAGCCACAACCUACCUGCUUACCAUCACAUUUGGGGGUGGCAUUUCACUUGGAUUCAUGUGAAAUCCAUUUGACAAAAAACAUUCUGGGUCACAACAUACCUGCAUUUUUGUCAUAUUACAUUAUAGGGUGCCCAUGAACCUUUUCACUUUUGAACUCUAGGGUUGCCAAAUCGCAGUAGCUUUUGAAAAAGAAAUGAAAUACAACUUGUCAGGUCUUGUCAGCCUACACAUUAUAGGUAAGCAGUAAUUAUUGUAUUGUGGUGAAAAAUACAAUUGGCUCUACACAAAUUAAGUAACAUGCUGCUGAUAAACAGUGAAAUAUCACAUGAAAAUAUCACAGGGAUUGGGAUAGUACAUUAGUGAGCACCUGCCCAAUUCAGGCACUGCUCUCCACAGAAAUGACAUAAGGGCAAAGCAAGUGCCACCCACUGAAUUAAACAUGUAAUUGCACUGAUGGGUAAAUAGUCAAGCAAUUGCAGGAUCAUGCUAAAUAGCUGACAGCUGAGGAUGAAUGCUAAUUAAUAACUUGCAAUGAUGAUGAUAGGUGAUAAAUGCGAGCCAACUGCAGCGUGAGGAAAGUGAGAGAAGUGCUGGUCAGCACCUGACAUAUUUGAAAUUAAAAAUGGAAAUUGCUAGAAGCUGUUUUGAACUUAAUGUAUGGUGACAAUUGCUAACACGAUUUAGCUUGUGUGGUGACUACAUACAAAUAGAACAGUCCUAGUUCUCUCAUAUAGAACAUGCAGUCCUGCUCGAGGAUGUAAAACUAGACAGACGGACUAAAACGGUGUUGGAGAGAGGUGCUGCAAUGACUCGUACAUCAAGUUAUAUAAGUGAGGAAAUGCAUUAAAUAGCUUUAUCAUGCCUAUAAACUGAUGGGAGAAGCAUGGCUACUGAAGCAAAUUGAAACAGUAUCAUUAGUGAGAAAAUCUGCAGCUUUGGAAAGUAAAAGCAUAGGAUGACCUUCACACCCGUGAAGAGAAGUGUUGGCUGUACUGCUUGAGAAAGCUAAUGACAGCAUAACUUAUAUCACUGACAACAUAAGCAGGACAGAAAGAGUGUUGGGAGAUUGAUGAAAUCUUGAGCUAGCUGCACAAAUUGAGAGUCAGCUACAGCAGACCUUUGAAGCACUAGCAAGCUGCUGUGUCCCUGUUGAUUGAGAAGAUGUGAAAAAGAUUUCAAAUACACACAGUACCAGAAAAAGGAAAGACUGGGAGGAACCACUCACUGACCGCAGGGAGAGGACCCAGCACCUUUAAUGAGCCUGAGGCUGAGUGCAAAAAAGUGAUCGAUAGCAUGUCAGCAGACUAAUUGCAUAACAGGCUAACACAGUCAUAACACAGUGCCCCCACUUAACAAACUUACAGAAAUACAUGUACUGCAUAUGACAGAAUAUACACAGUGACAUAAUUUGCUCUCUGGCAGCCAUAUUGGAGGACAUCUGAUUUUCAUAACAAGCUUAUUUUAACUUUUUCACCAUUAACACUCACUAGUUUGUUAACAAGUUAUGGGCUACAUGAUGAUGUGUCAGCUGGUUUGGUGUCUGGUCAGCUGUUUCUGUCUUGGAGUUGGACACUGAAGGUGCUCUGUGAAGUUUUCAUCAUUUGGUUUAUUCAGUGUUUUUCUACAAAAUACCAAGUUACUUCGCUAUGGCCUAACAAACAUAUCAAAUGCAUUUCCUACCUCAUAAAACAUUUGCAAAGCUUUUUUUUGUGAAUGUUUGGAAACUUGCAUUGUUUUCUUCAGCUUUCCCUUUUUUUCUUCCCCUCUAUAGUUGGUACAUUGCUAGUUUUUAUUGUUUAUUACCUUCCCCAACUGUCAAUAUGCAUUUCUGGCCCCUGCAAAAAUGUAGGUCAUGUCACUCCCAUGCUCUUGACGUGCAUGUGCAUUUGUAUGCACGUGCUGGUAAAGCAUGAGUAUACCAACAAUACUGGGACUUUCUCAUCAAACCAUUGUUCAACAGCACCACUAGUGGUCAAAAACUCCACAGGGUACCUUUAUUGUUGAUGUUGCUUACAUUGUAAGAACCUCAGCUCACACUUAAAAUACAACAUAUGCUUUCGAGUAAGGGUUAGGGCUUAACAGACUAGGGCUAACAACAGUUUAUGAUGAGUAAACUAAAAUUGAAAGAAUUCUUUCUUAUCAGAGAAUUGAUUUGAACCCAUCUUGAGAAGUAAGAGCAGAUGAGCAAUAUUGUCAUUCACAUUAACAACCGUGUUUGAUUUCAAGAGAUUGUAUUAUUGUUAUUCAAGGCAGUAGCAAUUAACACUUAUUUUUACACUCUACAUGUAUAAUCCCAGAGUGCCGCUCACGCAUGGUGGAUGAAAACACUGAUUUAUCCCAAUUUUUUGCUGAUGGGAUAGCAUAGAAGACAUCAAGAUAUGCAUCUCAACUUAUUUUUUGGCCACCAUAAACAGGUCUUAAAUAUAUGACACAGAUGUCAUAGUUUAGAUUAGUUUAGAACCUGUGCAGCUGACUUCUUCAUGAAAUUUCCUUAUAUGACAUUCCAAAAACUGGAAUUGCACAUGAAAGAAUGAACUGGGAAAGAUGGCAAAUGGUUUUUAGGCUUCCAUAAGCAAGUGUUUACCAAGUAGUCAUUGUUUCCCCACGACUUUAUUCUCGUCAAAAUGGAAAACUUGGAUUAGCAGUUACACCAUCAUGGGACACUAAAACUCUCCACUGAAACCCAGCUUGCUGUAAUUCUUUAAAAAGCUCUUUUUAAAGGUGGGGCAACUCACCCACCUACCCUUUGAUAGAAGAAACAUUAAGCCUUUAAACUAAGAACUGAUAUUAAACCAUGACUGGAUAGUUAAACGAGCAAAUAAAAUAUGAAAAGAAGCUCAAAUUUAAUUGCAGCUUUUAUACUGUUUAUAUGCUGCGGCAAUUUUAACAGGGAACAUUAUGACUUUUUAUCUGAGGAGAAGGACAUACCUUUUGUUUAAGUUCACUGGACCAUAAAAACAUAAACAUACACCUUUUUCAAAUUUAAUCUCUGGUUCAUGACUGAAUUCAUGUUUGUUAGACCAAUUAAAUUUUAAUAUUUCCUCAAGACUUUUCGGUCAUGUUGAGGACACUAAAUGGAUGCAGCAUGCAGCAGGAGUGUGUUUCUUUGUGUGUUUGGUGAAACACACAUCUUUUCAAAAAACACAUAAUCCAUGGCAUAGUUGUAAACUUUAAAACACAUGACCUUAUAUAAUAAUAUAUGUCAGCCCUUAUUGAGUGCAUUUACAUGAAAAUUCAUAAGCUGAUAUUGUUCAUUUUUCAGUUAAAACUGUACUCCAUUGUCAAUAACUGAGACUUGUACACAUCUUAUCCAUCAGUGUUUAUAUCUGCAAUCUGUGCCUAAUUUCUGUUUAUGUGCUAAGAUUUUUAAUAUUCUGUUUAUUUUAUGUGUCAUAUGACAUCUGGCUUGUCCUGAAUAAGACUUGAAUUUGGAUUUAUUGGCUGUGUGCUUGUAAGAGAACUAAUUUUGAAACAGUGUGCACAUCCAAAUGGCAGAUGUAAGAUAAAAGCCUGAGAACGCCCCAGAAUUGAGAAUGACUCACAUUCAAUGUCACCUUCCUUUAAAACUGUGUGUCCAUCAUUCAAAGAGGGGAACACCAAACCAAUCCAGGUAGCAUUUCUUCAGUCAUUUCUGUUGAAUCCCAACCGCAGUAUGUUUUAAUGAGCCAGUCUAGCAGGGUGAGUAUGAAUCCACACAGUUUGGGACUGAAGACACUUAAGAAACCCUGUUCUAGGGGGACGCUUCACUUUUGUUCCAGUGUAAAUCUGCCCUGACCAUGGUUGACAGUCAGCCUGUGCUGUGGUGUAUGGGACAGACAGGGAGGGGAGGAACGAGCACUGCGAAUGAAUGUAACGCAACGUGCCAUUUUCUAACCUCAAAUCGCAGCAGAAACGACAACAACCAAACCCUCAGUUUCAUCCUGAGAGGUUUUUGCUAGCAGUCUGAAAACUAAAGGUGGAUUUGUUCUUUGAAUGCCAUGUGAAACAGGGAACACUUUGUGGGCUGGUCUGGCAUUUGUAAUGUAGAUUAUUUGUCACUUGUCUUUCUUUCUGGUUAAAUAGUAAUUACUCUUCUAGAGCACAAUAAAUGAUUUUAAUAUGCUGA